GGCAGAGGAGUUCAUCGCCAGGGAAGCCAAUCAGCCACGUGGCACGAUAUCUGAGGACGGCAUCGUUGGGGAGGAAAAUACUGCGCGCCGAGCUGACGUUGGCUUCAGGCAAAGGGGGAAAUCCGUAUCGUUCUUUGAUCGAGGUCAAGAAUGUUAGGGACAUCUCAUACGCUUUGCGAUUGGCAAAGCAGCGCAGGAAAAAUGGAUGUACAAACAGUUAACGAACGUCCGUCGCUGCUGCACAAUCUCGGGAAAAUGUUGUCUUGCCCCAUAUGCUUGCAGCUCUUCAAGACUGCUGCUAAUCUUCCGUGCGGCCACACCUUUUGCGCUGGCUGCCUGGGGGAGUCCUUGAUGUUAUCUUCAAUAUGCCCGGUUUGCCACAUACAUGCAACGGCAGAAGAUACUAGACUAGCACCACAUGUGGAUGUUAUGGUGAGGACAUAUGCGCAAGUUCAGGACACGACAGGGAUGCAGUCACGUAUACAACCUCAUAGACUAUUGGAGGCUCCAAAAGUAGCGGAUGAGCAGAACGGAGAUGGAAGAGAGGAAGCGAAUCCUCAAUGGUCCCCUGUGAUGAGGGCCGGCUGUAAAUCGCCCCCUGUGCAUCCGUCAAAGAUGUCGAGGGCUGUUGGGGCAGUCGUUUCGCCAAAAAAGCGACCGCAGAAGCCGGUCGACGAGGACGACAAUGUACCAGCUGGUGGUGCACUGCUUCUCUCAAGCCCGUCGAAGAGAGAUCGAUGGCCGGCUAAUCUUGCGGUAAAGCGUGUUGACCAUGUUGCUGUUGAGGGACUGCAGAGCGACUCUGGGGGUGAGGAGGUGGUGAUUGGCGAUAUCUCGUCCGAUCAGGUCGACAAGCAGUGCUUCGUUGCGUCGCGUAUGACCCCUCUGGCAAAGAGAAUACCUGGGGGAGCCGCUGAGCAAGAUCAGAUGGCCUGGCCUGAAUCCAGGGUGCCAGGCGUGGAGGUGCACAGUGGUGGUGGGAAGUUCAAGGCACCUGGUGUUGGACAACAGCAACAACAGGGCGCAGCCUCUAGGGCCAUGCUGCCGCCGUCGGAUUACCUUGGCUCGCCUGCAAUGUCAACGGGAGAGGGCGUCUCUGCUGCUGGGAUAUCGGGGAGGGGUGGGGACCACUGCAGAUCACCUCCAGGAAACACAAUGACCUCUGGGGGCGAGAGAGGCAGACCAGCAGGUGCUAAGAGUAUGAGCCCUGCUGGCAUCAGUCCUCCUUGUCGUGAUGGCUCAUUUAAACCAUUCUUUUGGGCUAGUGAUGCAACAAAUGCUUCGGAGGACGGCGCAGCUCAACCAGCACCCUCACAGGGCUUGACAGCAGGGAAGCCAAUUACCUUCAGCGAUUUGUUGGCACCUGAGGGAAGUGAGGAGGUGGGGGAUUUUGCGACCACAGGAGUUCGCACAGUGUACUCCCCAGGAAAACAAAGGGCGCAGCCAUCCGCUGAGCCAAAAUCAAGGAUAUGCACUUCUCCGAGCAUGAUGGAAGCGAUGGCAGUAGGUGUCGAUCAGCCUGUCUUGCAGGCGUGUGGUAAUGCUGGAGAGACUGGCACUAGCAAUGCGAAGGUGUACUUGAAGAGAAAGGGCAGAGACACACAGACAGACAUGAUCUCAGAGGAGCCUCCGGCCAAAAAGAAGUUUGACCUGACACAGUUUGUAGACGGCGAUGACGAGCAUCAGAGGGACACGGAGUGGGCGAAUCGCAGGUGGAGCACCGGAAGUGCGAGUGGGAGUGGUGGUGAGGGUGAAAAGUGUCGAGCGGAGGAAAUCGACAAGGGUCGGAACGGUGGGGACAGCGGCGGUGAUAGGGUUGGUAAUCAUGGAAAUAUAGGGUCAAGUAUGGGUGUGUCUGGAAUGUCCAAGCGGACACAAGAUGUUCCUAGUGAGGGUAAUGAGGGUGGGAGGAAUGCAGCUCAAGGACGGGCGGAGGGGCGGUUCCUCGGCGGAAAAGAUGGAGCUGUUGUGCCCUUCACUGGAGGAGGUGGGUCUGGAGACCAACAGGUUGCGGUUACGGGGGUGUCGUCAGGAAUGUGUCAGAAUUUGGGUCCUUCAGUAGGUAAAUCUAGCCCAGAUAGUGUAAAGAAUAGAUUUGGGGGUGUACAUAUAAGUGAGCAUGUGGCUUUGGUUCAGAGGCUUGUAGGCUGUGUGGAUCCUAUGAUCAGUGAUCGGCAGCAGCAGGGGACAGGGGAGGAUUCCAGAAAGGCUAUGGAACUCCCCGUGCAAGCGCAUUGUGAGAUAGGGACUGCGGAGCCCAAGGGAAAACCCAGUGCAGAGUGUUUGAAGGAUGAACACAUGACUGAUGGGAGAGUUGAGGACAGUGAUGAAGACACAAGCGAGGAGGAUGAUGACGAAAGUGAUUCCAGCGAAGAUGAUGAAACACCUUCUGGAGAUGGAACCCAUGGUUGUGCGUUCUGCGGCCAGAUUGGCAGAUCGGCGAUGUCCCAAAGGACUACUAUGGCACCGAAUGUUUACUAUGCAAAGGGGAAACUCUGCAAUGUGGAGGCAGAGCUGAACCGCGGACGCAGGGUCAAAUGCUCGGUCUGCUCAAAACCAGGAGCAGUGCUGGGCUGUUACCGUCCACGGUGCACCAAGAGCUAUCAUUAUGAAUGUGCCAAAAGUAUGAAUGGGACGCGGUUUGAUGACGAAAAUUAUGUGAUGCUCUGCCCUGAUCACAUGAAAUCUAGCUUCCCGUGGGAAUCCAAAAAGAAGAAAAAGGAACCAUCGACUCCAAAAGGGAAGGGAAAAAAUGCUCGAGACAUUGACAGUGAGCGGCCAAAGAAGGUGCAAAGCCAUGGCAAGAAUGGAAAUGCCGCUGACAGAGUGAACAAUUCAGGAGCAGCAGAGCGGCUGACAGUUGAAAACACAGUACAUGCAUCUGGUGGAGCUUCAGCUGCUGCACCGGUGUCCUUGGCUACAGUCGCUGCCCUGCCUAUCUUCGGAGCUGCAAUCACUGCCCGUGGCGUCUCGAAUGCAGCCGCUGGAGAAGAGGAGAGCAAACGAAGGCACGAUGACAGUUCUAAGAAGCCACUGCCUGUCGACGGGAAUGGCCGAGGUGUUGAAGUACCUAUGACAUUGGCAAAGCCUCCAGCAGAAAACAAUUCACAGAAUAUCGGAAAUAUUACAAAGGAGAAUGGAAAGGAAAAGAAGAACGAUAAACAGAUGCCGCAGGCCACGGAGGCAACUGCAGAAGCCGGUGGUCAGAUGGUAAGGAAUGCUGGAGACAGAGGGGAAAACGGAAAUGGUGCGAACUUGGAGCCCUGCGGUCAGUGGGCAGGACCAACAGGAAAUCAUCAACCGGAGGCAUCAAGAGAAGAAAGACCAGCUCACCACGACGAGGCGAUCACAGGAUCUGUGUCUAUGAACAUCUCAGGGUUUACAGGAAUUACAGGUAUUACAGGGAUGACAGCAAUAACAAUGACACGCAACGAUUCAGUUGCUGCCCAAGUCAUUGGCUGUGGUGGCAAUACAUGCUCUGAGGGAAGUCAAAGUGUGGGGAGGGCUCAGCACCAAGUAGAAAGUAAUAAGACAACUGGCCAGGUCGCUGCAACUGGUGACGGAGAGAACGGCAGCUGGAAGAGUGGAAGUGACCCGCAACAGGAGAAGGAAGCUUCUAUGAAAGCGGCAAGGCUGGACAAGCAACCAGGCGCAAAGAAAAAGGGAAGUGGGAGAAAGAAGAGAGCCCAGACGGACGGUAGUGGUGAUGAAUCAGGGGAUUCAAGUAGCGAGGAAGAGGAGGCUGAGGUCGGCGACGAUGAGGAUUAUCAGAGCUGCAGUAACGGUGUGGAUGGCGAGGAGCUGGCUGAGAAUGAAGAGAGGAACUAUGCCUGUGCUUUCUGCAGGCAGAAAGGCAGAUCUGCGGUUGCCGGCGGCUUGAUCUUUUGCAGCAUACCAGGGAACCAUCAAGGCUCUUUUUCAUCGAACCCCAGUGCUUCUCGCACGGGAGCUGGUGCUUAUGUGCACCGUGAGUGUGCCACAUGGGCCCCAAAUGUGUUCUACAAGCACGACAAGCUGUGUAAUGUUGAUGCAGAAAUUCAGCGUGGACGGAAGAUUCGAUGUGCUGUCUGCUUGAAGCCAGGCGCAGUGCUGGGUUGCUUCCGCAAAAAGUGCCCGAAAAGCUAUCACUUCACCUGCGCAGUUAAUUGUAAAGGAACACGUUUCGAUGAGGAUCAAUAUGUUAUGCUGUGCCCAGAGCAUAGCCAGUCUAACUUCCCAGGGGAAUCAAAAAAUAAGAAGAAGGGUGGAUUGAGCAAGGGGUCGCAGGAGGACACCUAUGAUGCAAUUGAAGAGGAAAGUGGCAAUAAAAAGAAGGGGGCCGUGCAGAAGGGUACCCCUCACAAGGCAGAUCGAGCAGACCAUUCAAGAAAAGAUGUUAUUGUCGGAACCUCAACAGCAAUGGCCUCAUCCUCUGCCCUCGCUAAAGCAUCAAGAGUGGUCAUCUGUGGCUCUGGUUUGACCUCCGGCGAAAAGGACCUGCUUGAUUCAGUUGCAUCCAUGAGUGGAUUUGCUCAAGAGAAGCAGUGGUCGCAAUCUGUCACACAUGUCAUCGCCAGCGUGAACAGUAACCGAUGCGCAAAGCGGACUCUCAAGUUCUUAUUUUCUGUCCUUUAUGGGCAAUGGGUAAUAACCCCAGAAUGGCUGAUUGCGUGCCGCAAAGCCGGGAGGCCUGUAGCAGAAGAACCAUUUGAGGUUAUUGGGGAUGCACAUGGAGCCUAUGACGGCCCAAAUCAAGGCCGUAUUCGCCAGUUGUCUAAGGCACCUCCGUUGCUUGGCGGUCUUCGCUUCUACUUGUGUGGGGAGUUCGGCCUGCCAUCAAAGUCGGACAUCUUAAGAAUCGUCACUGCUGGUGGCGGAACAGUGCUUCCACAAACUCCAGAGGCUUGCGUGAAAUUAACGGCUGAUGGAGGCAAAAGUGCAGAAUCCAUCCAGCCAACCCUCAUCAUCCUUUACAAUGGCAGCACGCCUCCUAUGCCUCGACAAUCUCAGCAGAGCAAUGUUGAUGCCGCCAAGCUCAGUGCGGAAGAACUUCAGGCAUGUCCUCCAUUACAGAGAUGGAAAGAGGCUCAAGCUCUGGCCUCCGCGGCUGGGUCUGACGCUGUCGCUGUCUCUCAUAUGUGGUUGCUGGACACAGCGGCAUUGUGCAAGCUCAGAGAGACGACACUUUACACUGCUCCACCAAGCCUCUCCUAGGUGCCAAGCUGCUGUCCACAGCUGCAAGGGAUCACAUGUUCUUGCAAAUAUCUUCAUUUUUUAGGUAAGAGGCUUGCCUACGUAUGUUGUGGAGCCUGUGACAGCAACCGCCGUUAUUCGCAACGAGGAAUGUUUUUAUUAAGUUUUUUUUUUUUUAAUGGCAAGCCUAUCUUUGGUUCUUUUAAAAAAGAAUACAACGACUGACUCCUACGAUCACCUAUCGAAAAUCGAACUUAUUCUCUAACUACAGCUAACGCUCCUUGGAGCUGUUGGUUCGCAGCAGCAAGCGUUGCGCACUUCUGGUAUGAUCUGUUUUAUGCUCAUGUUUAGCUUUGCAGAAUGGAAUGGACAUGAGCGUUUUUAUCAGACUUGUGAUGUGACUAGUCGCACCCUUUUCUUCAUUUCCAUCAUUGCUGUUUCCAUCAUUGACAGAAUUUUCAAAUGAGAAUUAUGUGAAUGGCAACCCCGUUCUCAAUGUCCCACAUUAUUAUGUUUCUUUCUCUCAAUGCACAUUCUUUUUCGCGCACUGGAUGGACCUCCGGCGAUAUCCGUUUUUGUGCGUUGUGUUCGCUUGCGCUGUCUUGUUCCGUUGUCGGGCGGCUGCCUCCCCCCAAGCCCGACACCGUGCCAGGUUCCCGGUUUUGUCAGGAGUUGGGUUCUGGAUCUCGCUUGUUCCUGGACCUUUGCCGCAUUUUGUUCGAGGGUUCGAUGACAUCAGCCACUCAGCUUGCUAGUUCUUUAUAGGCUUGCACAAUUUGCCAAUCGGAAUCCGUGACCUGCGGGCUCCAUACGAAAAGCGGACAACACAUUAUCAGUGAGAAACGAACAGAGAUUGACGUUCUAACCUUGCAACUGGCAGCAGAAAGAAGGCGGUUUGUGGAGCUGGAAAUUUGGAGAUGCUAUAGUGCUGCGGUACCUCUGGGCUGACUAAAGUCUUAUUCGAGUCUCUUGCGCAGUUAGCUCCUCUAGAAUGUCAAAUAGGAAUCAUGGAAGUCAGUUGGUGCGCUGUCCGUGUUUGUGUGUGUGUGUGCGUGUGCGUGUGUGUGGUCGUCGAUAAAGAGGGCAACCGCCACAGGUUGCGGACAAAAGCGCUCACUGCAAAGAUCCGGGGCCAAUCGGACAGCAGCCUUCAAGAUGCGUCUUCGCCCCUCGCGUUCGUCGGCUCGCCAGAGUCACAUUUUAGGAGUCGGUCCGAUUUGCUAUGUGUGUCGUGUGUACGCGGCAAGUUCUUUCACUGCAGAGCUUAGUAGGAUAGUGUUUCUCACUUUCUUUCAAUGUUCCAAUGUAUUUCUUAUCGCUUAUCGUUUGCGUUCUUUGCCAUAUGUUGACAUGUCGCCAUUGUUCCCAAGAGGAGAUCAGCUUGAAAAUGGUGAUUCCUCUUGUUAGAGUAUCAGGCACAUAGAGUUAGAGAGUUUGAGAGUCUAACACUUUUUUGAAGUUGUGAUGUACUUCUCGUUGCGUAUCCCAUGUGGCUAUGAUUUCCAAGAGGAGAUCAGCUUGAAGAUUGUGACUCCUCUUGUUAGAGUAUCAGGCACACAGAG